AUGAAAAGAAGUUUAGCACCAAGUGCAAUUUAUGAAAAUAAAAAAUUAAAAUACGAUUUACCAGAUAUAGUUGAAACAACUCCAGAUGAUAGUGAUAAAGGUAAAAGAGGUAGAAAGAAAGCACCUAUACCAACAGUUAAUCAUUUAGAGAAAUAUUCAAUAAAGAAAAAGGUUGAAUUAAAAGAUGAAGAUAAUAAAAGUGAUGAUGGUAGUGUUAGUAGUGGUAGUAGCAAUGGUGAUAAAAUUAGAGAAGAAACAAAAAAAGGUAAAAAUCAAAGAAUGAACCCAGAUUCUGACCCAUAUUACUUUUUAAUUAAAUAUAAAAAUACAACAAAAAAUGAUGAAGAAGAUGGUUUAGGUAUUUUAAUAUUAUAUUAUGAUCAAGCAAUUGUUCAAUCAAUUGAAGGUAGACAAAUUGGUAAAACUGGUUUAACAAGAAGUAAUGAUGAUGAUGAUGAUGGCAAAGGUCAAUAUCAAAAAGUAAUGAUUAAAAAGAAGGAAGUUUAUUUUCAAGAGGAUUUUGCAAUGGCAAUUGGUAAUAAAUGGAUAAAGAUUAUUUUAUCAGUUGGUGAAGAAGAGUUUAAGAAUGGUUCAAUCUUUUUGAAGACAGAUAGUAUUAUAAAAAAGAAAAAAGAGGAAAAAAAAGAAAAAAAGGCACCAAUUCUAGCAGCAGCUCAUAGACCAAAAGGAUUUCAAGUACCAGUGAAGGGAUUGGAGAAAGCAGUACGUCUUUCCAAACCAUUACAUAACCCAUUGGCACCCAAUUCAUUGGUAUUGUUUACACCAGUCGAUAUCACUGGUGAGAAUAGAAUUCAUUGUGUUGUAGAUCCUAUAUUAUCACAAAAACUUAGACCACAUCAAAGGGAGGGUGUUCAAUUCAUGUUUGAUUGUUUGUUGGGAUUUAGAGGUGGUUUCAAAGGUAAUGGUUGUAUUUUAGCCGAUGAUAUGGGUUUGGGUAAAUCAAUUCAAGCGAUCACUAUCCUUUGGACACUCUUAAAACAAGGUCCUAAGGGUGAAUCGACUGCAAAGAAGGCUGUAAUCGUUGCACCAUGUACUUUGGUUGGUAAUUGGGGUCAGGAAUUAAAGAAAUGGUUAGGUGAUGGUGUAAAUACGGUUGCAAUUGGUGAGAGUACAAAAACAGGUCGUGCCAAAUUGACAGAGUUGGAAUUUGGUAAAGCAGAUGUACUCAUCAUUUCCUAUGAUCAACUUCGUAUCUAUUGCGAGGAUAUUUGUAAGAUUACAUCGAUUGGUUUGGUAAUUUGUGAUGAAGGUCAUCGUUUGAAAAAUGCAGAAAUUAAAACCACCAAAGCAGUAUCGAUGAUACCAACAGCUCGUCGUGUUAUUCUCUCUGGUACACCAAUUCAAAAUGAUUUAACCGAAUUUUAUGCAAUGGUUAAUUUCGUUAAUCCUGGUGUAUUGAAAAAUGUUGCAACCUUUAAAAAUGUUUAUGAUGCUCCAAUUGUUGCCUCGAGAAAUCCAGAUGCUUCCGAUGAAGAGAAGGAGAUUGGUCGUCAACGUUCUUUAGAGUUGAGUAGAUUAACUAGUCAAUUCAUUUUACGUAGAACUGCAUUUGUAAAUACUCAAUAUCUUCCACCAAAGGUAGAAUACGUUAUCUUUUGUAAACUUACACCUCUUCAACUUUCAAUCUAUAAACAUCUCAUUAAAGAAGCAAAAGAUUCUGCAUUUGCAUCGACAACUGGUGCCUUACCAUUAAUUACCACAUUGAAAAAGUUAUCAAAUUGUGCAGAGUUGGUUUACACACCCGAUAAAGAGACAGAUGUUGGUACCUCCAUAUUAAAGUUAUUCCCAAAGGAAUGGAAUCCAAAAGUUUUCCAACCACAAUACUCUAGUAAGUUAUUGUUUGUAGAUCGUUUACUUGCAAAUAUUAGAAACUCAAAAUCUGGUGAUAAAACUGUAAUCAUUUCAAAUUAUACUCAAACCUUGGAAGUAUUGGCAACAAUGUGUAAAACUCGUGGUUACGCAUACUUUCAAUUGGAUGGUUCGACAGCCAAUGCUAAACGUCAACAAUUGGUCAAUCUUUAUAAUGACCCAGCCAGACCAGAGUUUGUAUUUCUUCUUAGUUCAAAAGCAGGUGGUGUUGGUUUGAAUCUUAUUGGUGGUAAUCAUUUGGUUUUAUUCGAUGCAGAUUGGAAUCCAGCAAAUGAUGCCCAAUCUAUGGCUCGUGUUUGGAGAGAAGGUCAAAAAAAAAUCGUAUCCAUUUAUCGUACCUUUACAACUGGUACCAUUGAAGAGAAAAUCUUUCAAAGACAAUUAACCAAACAAGCACUUUCAACAAGUAUCACUGAAGGGGAUUCUGAUAAUUCACCAUCUUUUGACUCAAAGGAUUUAAAAGAUAUUUUUACACUUCGUGAAGAUACACUUUGUGAUACUCAUGAUAUGUUAAGUUGUAAAUGUGCACCUACUGUUGGUGGUAAAAUCCCAAAACAUAAAAGAGAUACCAUGUCUAUUAGUGAACUUAAUUCAUGGCAUCAUUUCCAUCAAAUGGAAAAAAUUAAAGAUCAAAAAGUUGCUUCAGCAUGUCAAGAUAUUGCAACAUUUGUUUUUGUAAAUGAUAAAGGUCCAGUUGAUAAAAACAAAUCAAAAGAAAAAACUUCAAAUACUACUACAACUACUACAACUACCACUUCAACUUCAACUUCUAAAUCUGAAAAAUCAUCACCACCACCAUCUUCAUCAAAACAUAAGAAAAAAAUUAUUGAAGAAUCAAGUGAUGAAGAUGAUGAUACACCAGAUGAAGCUUCAAGUGAUGAAAGUUAUAAUUCUGAUAGUGAUUAG